GCAAAGCAAAAGGGAUGGGCAAAUUUAAUCCACGCCUGCAGGUGUCACCUCUUGAAAAACAUGCUCUCCUGGUAUCGGAAAUCUGAAAACAAUUGUGUGCGCGGCAACGGUAUAGUGGUUUUUCGCAGUUGACAAGCUGAUUUUGUCACUUGACAAAUUUGUCAGUCUUUUGUCAACUUUUGUGGCCCUGCACCUAAUUACGAAAAAACAACCGACAAUGGCGUUUUAGCGGUCCGCUAUAAUAGCGUAUCUCGGGAACUGCCUGUAUACUGUAUUAUUAUUGUACGUUUAUUACUGUAUCCGAUUGAAUUCAUAAACGUCAAUUGCCAUCUCAACAUGGCGGCUGAGCCAAACGUAUGAGCCUUCCUAGUCCCUUUACUCUUUUUGUGUAUAAUAAUCAACAUUCCAUGGCCGCCAUACAAAAUACGCUGCCGGGUUGUAUUUUCUGUAAAAUCGCCACUCAAAGCGAUCCUGCAACGGAUGUUGUGUUCCGAAAUGAGCGAAUGUGUAUUUUUAAAGACAUUCGACCGGCAUCGGAUUUCCAUUAUCUGGCUAUACCCAACCAUCAUGUUGAAAAUGUAAACUCUCUCACUGUUGCUGAUAAACCCUUGCUUGCGGAACUGAAACGUGAGCUGGUUAACUUUAUGGAAAGCAACGAUGUUGAUCUGCACCAGACUUGCUUCGGUUUUCACAUGCCUCCAUUUACAAGCGUGAAGCAUUUACACCUGCAUGCAAUUGCACCAGUCGGUAGGAUGGGGUUUAUUUCUAGGAUGAUUUUUCGACCCAAUACUAUGUGGUUUAAAACGGAUGAGGCUAUUAUGCAGGCUAUUUCUAGCGAGGGUUCAAGUCGAUAGUUUGCUUAGUAUUAUUUAUUUCGGUUAUUGCUAUUAACAAUAAAUAUCUUUUUACUAGCUAUGACUAAAUUUAC